AUGGCCGCCGAAAGGAUAUCGGUCUACAACCUUGCAGACCUCAAAAACACCACCGACGAUGCCAUCCCCAACUACCUCAACUCCCUCAAGAUCAAGCAGGUCCACACCCUAGCCGACGUCCGCCUCGCCCUCGGUUACUCGGCCUUCUUCAUCGCCGCCGCCUGCUUCGGCUGGGACUACAAGUUUGGCUUUGAGAGCACAAAGUACCUGACGGCCGCCGCCGUCGCCGUCUACUCCAUCCUCAACGGCGCCAUGACGUUCUGGAUGUGGUACGUGGAGAAGGGCGUGGUGUAUGAGGGCGUGGCCCCUUCGGGAGACAAGAUCCGAAUCGCCUCCUCCACGAAACCCUACGACCCCACCUACAACCUCACCAUCACCCUCACCCCCAAGUCGCCCAAGUCCCCUCCCCAGACUCUAACCGUCUCGCGACCCUUCUCCCAAUGGUUCGACGAGCAGGGUCGCUUCGUCACCGUCCCCUUCCAGCGCAUGAUUGCCACCUCGGUGCCCCUCGUCGCCGUCCUCGAUCCCAAGCGCGCCUCCAAGGAGGACCCCGCCCCCAGUCCGGCGACCUCCCCUCCGUCACCCUCGAGAACGCCUCCCCGAGGUCCUCAGCGCCCUCCUAGCUGCUUCUGCUGCUGGAACCUCUUCCGCUGCUGA